UGUUGUGAAGUUCAUGUUAUAACCUAUAUAACAGUAAAACUGUACAUUUAAACGAUGAUAUAAACAAGCAGUUCCUUCAGAUGCCGCGUUGACCUGUGCUGUUCAGAUCUCAAAGACGGAACACGCAGUGCGCGUUCAAUGCGUGAGGAUUUGGAUUAUAGGGCGGAUUUGACCCUCGUGAGAUUAUAGACAGGAAAGAAAACUGCGUCCAAGAUCCAGACGACAAUGCGCUGUAAAAUCAACAGCAUCUGAAGUCAAUUGGACCGUCUUUGUAACUCAAGGUGACAUUUAUUUCUUAUGACGAUGCGGCUGAGGUGAAGCAGGCAACUGCUAACAUACGGUAACAUAGAUGGAUAUCGCAGAGGAGCUGUAAACAAAACCGUGAAAUCGAUGCAUGUAUAUGACUGUCCGGCGAUACAUUUGCGUCGUUUAAAUGUAUUGGAAGCGAUCGGAUGGAGAGAUGUUUUUAAAUCAACUUGUCAUUGAAAAGACAGACAUGAAGGACAAGCUGUGUUUAAACCAUUUUCAUAAAUAUUGAUGAGGCAUGAGUCAGUUGAGACACCUGGCUGGUGCUUUAAGAAGCAGUAGCCAAUGGGUGAGGGGGCACGCGGGGACCGCAAGGCGAGUUUUUGUCCCACGUCGUAAGUGUUCGUCCGGGGAUGCUGAGCACUCAUUGGCUCCCUUCAGCUCUAGCUAUGUCGUGGAAAUGUACUACGCUUGGCUGGAGGAUCACAAAAAUGUUCACGAGUCUUGGGACGCAUACUUCCGUAACGCCCAGGCCAGCAGUCCAGAGGAAGCAAGAGAGAAGCAUUUGUCCACACUUCUCCAAGGACGAACCAUGUCCCAGACACCAGCCAUGUCCCAAAAAGUGGUGGAGGAUCAUUUAGCUGUGCACACGCUUAUAAGAGCCUAUCAGGUACGUGGUCACCAUGUGGCCCAGCUAGACCCUCUUGGCAUCCUUACAGCAGAUCGAAAUUCCUUCAAUCCCACAGAUUUGAUCACGUCGAUUCACAAGCUUGGCUCCUAUGGUUUGGAAGAAUCUGAUCUGGAUAAGACAUUUCAGUUGCCACAAACCACGUUUAUUGGGGGAAAUGAAAGUACACUCCCACUGAGAGAAAUCAUACGCAGACUUGAGAUGUCUUACUGUAGUCAUAUUGGGGUGGAAUUUAUGUUCAUCAACAAUGUGGAGCAGUGCCAGUGGAUACGACAGAAGUUUGAAAGUCCAGAAAUCAUGCCGUUUUCUGACAGAGAGAAAAGAACGCUGCUGGCCAGGCUGGUUCGCUCAACAAGGUUUGAGGACUUUCUGGCUCGUAAAUGGUCUUCAGAGAAACGCUUUGGUUUGGAAGGCUGUGAGGUCCUUAUCCCUGCCCUGAAGAUGAUCAUUGACAAGUCCAGUGAAGCCGGUAUAGAAAGUGUAAUAAUGGGCAUGCCUCACAGGGGUCGACUGAAUGUUCUGGCCAAUGUGGUGCGCAAAGAUCUAGAUCAGAUUUUUUGCCAGUUUGAUCCCAAACUUGAGGCCGCAGAUGAGGGUUCAGGAGAUGUGAAAUAUCACUUGGGGAUGUACCAUGAACGGAUCAACAGUGAAACAGAUAAGAAUAUCACUUUGUCUCUGAUGGCUAACCCCUCUCAUCUGGAGGCAGUGGAUCCUGUUGUUCAGGGCAAGACCAAGGCAGAGCAGUUCUACAGCGGAGACACUGAAGGAAGGAGGGUGAUGGCCAUUCUCAUCCACGGUGAUGCUGCGUUCGCAGGUCAGGGAGUCGUCUAUGAAACCUUCCACCUCAGUGAACUCCCUUCUUAUUCCACACAUGGCACAAUCCAUGUUGUGGUCAAUAAUCAGAUUGGAUUCACUACAGAUCCCCGAAUGGCACGUUCCUCUCCCUACCCGACCGACGUGGCUCGUGUGGUCAACGCACCAAUCUUCCAUGUCAACGCUGAUGAUCCAGAGGCAGUGAUGUAUGUGUGCAGGGUUGCUGCAGAAUGGAGGAACACAUUCAAUAAGGAUGUGGUAAUAGACCUGGUUUGUUAUCGGCGAUUUGGGCACAACGAGAUGGAUGAGCCCAUGUUUACGCAGCCCCUCAUGUACAAGCAGAUCCGCAUACAGGAACAUGUGCUGAAGAAGUACGCCGACAAGCUCAUCUCCGAGGGUGUUGUGACACUGCAAGAGUAUGAGGAGGAAGUUGCUAAAUAUGACAAGAUCUGUGAGGAAGCGUACAGGAGCUCCAAAGAUGAGAAGAUUCUAAACAUACGCCACUGGCUUGACUCGCCGUGGCCAGACUUCUUUACACCAGAAGGAGAGCCAAAGAGCACGAGCUGUCCCUCCACAGGUCUAAAUGAAGAGGUGCUCAGACACAUUGGUGAGGUUGCCAGUUCAGUCCCUCUAAAGGACUUUGCCAUUCACAGUGGCUUGUCACGGAUCCUUCGCGGCCGUGCUGAUAUGGUUGCCAAGCGCUCGGUGGACUGGGCUCUGGCCGAGUACAUGGCCUUUGGCUCUUUGCUAAAGGAUGGUAUUCAUGUGAGACUCAGUGGACAAGAUGUAGAAAGAGGAACAUUUAGUCACCGUCACCACGUCUUGCAUGAUCAAGAAGUUGAUAAACGCUUUUGUGUUCCAAUGAACCAUCUGUGGGAGAACCAGGCUCUCUACACAGUUUGCAACAGCUCCCUGUCUGAGUUUGGGGUUUUGGGUUUUGAGCUUGGUUUUGCCAUGGCUAAUCCUAAUGCCCUGGUGUGCUGGGAAGCUCAGUUCGGUGACUUUUAUAACACAGCCCAGUGCAUCAUAGACCAGUUCAUCUCUGCAGGCCAGGCCAAGUGGGUCCGACACAAUGGCAUUGUGUUACUGUUGCCCCAUGGGAUGGAGGGAAUGGGUCCGGAGCACUCUUCAGCACGGCCCGAACGCUUCCUGCAGAUGAGCAAGGAUGACCCUGAUUGCUAUCCGGAAUUCACUGGAGACUUUGAGGUCCAACAGCUCUAUGACUGUAAUUGGAUUGUGGUCAAUUGCUCAACACCUGCCAACUACUUUCAUGUGCUAAGAAGGCAAAUCUUACUACCUUUUAGAAAGCCGCUGAUAAUUUUCACACCAAAAUCCUUAUUGAGGCUCCCUGAAGCCCGCUCUAGUUUUGAUGAGAUGAACACAGGUACAAAGUUCCGAAGAAUAAUUCCAGAUGAUGGUCCUGCAUCCAGAAACCCAGAAAAGGUCAAACGUAUCAUCUUCUGCACUGGAAAAGUCUACUACGAGCUGACUAAGGAGAGAAAACAGUUAAACUUAGAGGAGGAUGUUGCAAUUAUCCGACUGGAACAGAUAUCACCAUUUCCUUUUGACCUCAUCAAAGCUGAAGUUGAGCUGUACAGUAACGCUGAACUCGUGUGGUGUCAAGAGGAGCACAAGAACAUGGGCUACUAUGACUAUGUCAGGCCACGCUUCCUCACGGUGCUGUCUAACAAGAGUCCAAUAUGGUAUAUUGGCCGUGACCCUGCCGCAGCCCCUGCCACCGGAAACAAGUUUACUCAUCAAACUGAGCUGAAGAGGUUCAUCGACACUGCCUUUAACCUGGAGGCAUUCAAGGGCAGAAACUUUUAAUGUAUAAUAGCAGAUGUUUACACUAUAGUUUGAAGUGUAUAUGAUACAGGUCAUGCUAUGAACGCACAAUAUUAGAUAAGGUAAGAUAAGUCUUUAUUAGGUUUCUAUAUGCAAAAGCACAUAGAAAUACAUAACUGUAAGAACAGGGCAGGGGAUUUGUGUUUUUCUCAGUAGAAAUGCUUUAUUUGUGUUUAGUCAUACUUGCUCUUUAUUUUUUCUUAUUUGUCUUCCGUAACUGUCACACUUGGCUUCAUCCUGAGACAUCAAACAGAUGGCAUGUAGACAAAUAACAAUAUUCUCUGUGGCAGGGGCAAUAUUCUCUGUAGCUUUUACAAAAUAUGUUUCCUUUUAAGACUUUAUGGUUACGACUUGUGCAUAACUUUAAAAGGCUAUACACAGAAAUGAUAAAAUAAGUCAUAAUAAUGAGUAAUGUAGCACUAAAAUAUGGUUUUACUUUCUCAUGGCCAUGAUGUAAUGAUCAAUCUCUGGUUAACAUAAAACUUUAAUACCACUCAAGGAUUUUACUUAUAUUGUACUCUAAACUAGACCUGUAGGCUGUGUACCUACGUGUGAUGAUGUCAUACAAUUGUGAACUUAAGUUUUUAAUAUUAGAUAAUUGAAUACAAUAUUUCAGGUGGUUUAGCACUUUAUUAGAAAAUUAUGGUAAGAGAGAAGAGAAACAAUCAUUCAAGUUGAUUAACUGUCUUAUAAUAUGGCAAUAAACUGCUACAUAGAAACUA